GAGAGGUUGUGCGUCUCACGUUCCAAUUCAUUCUACCAUUGCUUCCUUUGCGCAGAACCUACUUUGCAUUCACGAUCGACGUUCCUUUACCAUGAGUACUGCAAAGGCUAACGCAGUGGAAGAGUUGGAAUCCGGUAUACGAGUCGCCGAUCCAAUCCGGGCUGACGACGAUCACCGCAACGAUGAGAUCGUGGACGACCAGGUGGCGACGCCCAUUGCUGCGGUGGAAGUCCAACCCCGUCUCACGAAAACUUCCGAAGAUGUGGUGCUUUUGGAAAAACAGCACGUCAAUGAUCAAGGAGAACCGAUUGAUGUAGCGCGAGCCGAACAAGACCGGAACCUUACCAGCGAAUCCGACUUGUCGGAUACGAAUCGUAAGAUAUGGGUCGUUACGACUGCCGCCAUGCCGUGGAGGACGGGAACUUCGCUUAAUCCCUUAAUGCGAGCCCUAUAUUUGACGCGGGGACGUCCCAAGCAUAGUAUCACUUUGGUAAUUCCUUGGCUGGAAGACAUCAAAUCCCGGAAAAAGUUAUACGGAGAUGCCUUGUGUUUUGACGAUGGGGGCAAGCAAGCCCAAGAGCAAUGGAUUCGAGAGUACUGUCGGGAACGUUGCAAGUGCGAAGAGGAGGAACAGAAUUUACGCAUCAUGUUUUGGAGAGGACGGUAUCACGACGGAUUUGGCUCCAUCUUUCCAGUGGAAGAUAUCUGUAGCCUAAUACCUAAGAAAGAAGCAGACGUGGCCAUUCUAGAAGAGCCAGAGCAUUUGAACUGGUUCCGAUUACCAACAAAAGUGGGAAAGAACGAAGAAAACCAGGACGUGGACCGACUUGGCUGGGCUCACAAAUUCAAACAUGUGGUUGGGGUGGUUUUCUUUUUGUUGCAGCUCCACACAAACUACGGUGCCUACAUUCGUCAAUAUGGAAUGGGAACUUCUUUCGUGACGGCACCUGCGUUGGACGCGCUCAGUUCCUUGGUGGUGCGAGCCUACUGUCACCGCCUUGUUCGCCUGAGUGCCACGUUACCUUCACUAGAUUCAGAUAUUGAAGUCACCAGCAAUGUUCACGGGGUUCGUUCCGAGUUUCUAUCACCUCCCCAACGAAAGUCCGAAACUACUAAGCCACAUGCUCCUGUUUACUUUGUUGGCAAAUUAAUCUGGGCCAAGGGUUUUGAUAAAGUGCUCGAAGUACAGGAAGCCUAUCAUGAAGUGGCGGGGGAGUAUUUUGCAAUGGAUAUUUACGGUGGUGGUGACGACAUGAAAGCGAUCCAAAGAGGUUUCUUUGGGCGGCACAAAUCAAAUUCUAACAGGAGCGACGACUCUUCGGACUCGUUGUCGCAAAUCGAAUCUACCGAUUCCAUGGAUGACUCGCAAGCUGCCGACGUUUUCGGUAAGAGCGAGUCACUUAGAGAACAGAUUCUUACCAGAAACAGAGCUCAUCAUGUAAAUUUAGCAGGAAAAGAAAAAUACAAGUCAGAUGAUGAAGCCAAUUCUGAAAUAAGUGGAGAAGAGGACAUUUUGGAAGGAGCCGACGAUAACGCACCCCUGGAUAUCCUAGGCGAUGUGUCCGGUAAGGCUUUGAGUACCGGUGCCGAGACGGCCAGUGCAGCCAUGAAAAUGAUCGAAUCGAUCAUGUCGGCCGGAUUUGGUGCGUUUGGUGGCGGUAGCGAGAGCAACUCGGAAAACAAGUCAACCGACGAAAUCGGAAGCAAGCGGAGCAGGAGUAAUGUACCUUCAUUUAUGUUUGGACCGGCCCGCUCUCGUUUCAAGUGGCGCCGAACGCCAAUUCCGGCUCGUUUUCUUGGUGUCGAAGAUCAUAUUGUCGUCAGAGAUAUUCCGGACCAUAAGAUUUUUCUGAAUAUGUCAAUAACAGAGGUUUUGUGUACAACAUCAGCGGAGGCGCUGGCUAUGGGCAAAUUUGUGAUUUUACCGAAACAUUCUUCCAAUGAGUUCUUUUACUGCUUUCCAAAUUGUUUGGCGUUCGAAGACAUGGAUGACUGCGUACGUAAGAUACAGUACGCACUGACCAACAAACCGGAACCAUUGACGGACAAGUUUGUACGAAUGCUAUCUUGGGAAGGCGCCACUGAUCGCCUGUACGAUUCAUCAGGGAUGACGCGGGACGAAGCAGAUAAGUUAAAAGAGGCCGGUAGAGUGGAAAAACGCGAGAAGGCUGCUCGCUUUCAUGUAGAUAGCGCCCAGAAAAGCCAUUUUGUGACGAGCUUACUCAGCGGAAAGAUGUUGAAGAAAGCGCUAUCUUCCCAUUCCUUCAAUUAGCACCAGAAAUUUGCAAACCAGCGAAUUCCUUCUAUUCAAAAACGGUAGUAAAUGAUGAGUUCUUAA